CCCUUUGACCAUUGCUACACCCUUCGUAAUAAUUGCAAGCUUUCAAUAAUCAGAAGAAAAGAGCAUAAAAAAAUGCCACCUCGUUUUAUUCCUCCUACCAGUCCGCGCUGCCCUCGAUGCUCCAAGGCCGUCUACAGUGCUGAGCAAGUCAUCGGACCAAUGGGUGCUGCAUGGCACAAAGCGUGCUUUACAUGUCGAGAAUGCAACCGCCGUCUGGAUUCCAGCACGCUGGCUGAGCAUGAAGGCGAGGCAUAUUGUAAGACAUGCCACAAGAAGAAAUGGGGCCCAACCGGCUAUGGUUAUGCUGCUGGAGUGUUAGUGCCAGAGGAUCCUGAGAACCUAUUCAAGCAAAGCAUUGGACGUCCUAUGAACAGCAGCGGUAGCAUCAGCGAUAGCAAUAGUACAGGAGAGCUUGCUCGUAAUAACACAGGCGGAAGCAGUAAUGGUGCUUUUGGUGGCAGUAGCCCACAAUUGACUCAGUCCAGGCUUGCGCAACACCAAUACCAACAGCAGCACCAACCAUAUGAAGAGACAGAGGAGCAAAGACUUGAGCGAUUGACCCCAGUGAAUGCAACCCUCAAGAAGAAGAGCUCGCUAGAUAUGAUUCGAGAGCAAGCAGAGGCCUCGCGUAAAGCGUACGAUGAGGCCCAUGCACAGCGCAUUGCUCAAAGGUACGGUCAAGUCAAUGUUAAUUUGACUGGAGGCUCCAAUGCAAGCACGGGGAGCAGAGGAGAGCGUGGUGGCUACAACAAUAACAGCGGAUAUCUCUCUGGAUCGGACACAUCCUCUGCUUUUGGUUCAACUAUUGCUACAACAUCCUCCCCUGCGCCCUCACUCUCAUCCAUCUCCUCUGUUGCCUCGAGCCAGCCGAUAACAAAGCCUCUGUUUUUGAACCAGAACAUUCGUUCAUCUUCUACUUCCUCCGUGUCAAACCAACAGGAUUACCAGGAUGCAGAAUCCGAAUUUGCAAGGAACCGACAGGCUCUUUCUUUCCAAACUGGGGCUCCACUGUCUUCAUCUUCCCCCAAUGUAUCUUCAGGCCCCCCAUCGCUUCCAAAAAGAAACCAUGCACCAGCUAAUUCUGAGCCGAGCCCACAGCCAGCAUCUGAAGUUGACGAAUCUUAUCUGGAGUACGCACCCUUCCGUAUUGUAGCCCGAAAUGGCGACUCCAAAGCACCAGAACCGACUGUGGAAGAUGAUGAAUGGGAGACAGAGGCUGCUAAUAAGAAGUCUGAGCCGGCGCAGCCCAUGUAUCUAUCUCAAUAUUUGAAACAGCAGCAGCAACAACAGCGACAACAGCAGCGCUUUCCGGAGCAAGAACAAGAAAACCAAGUUCACCACUCAACACCACCAACCUCAGUUUCUUCAGCAUCUGCACGUUCAAACACUCUCACCAACGAGUCUGAUCGGUUGAAUUUGAGGGAACAGGAGCAACGCCAACAUCAGCAAAUACCAUCGGCAGUCUCAGUGGAUGAAUGGGAUGAGGAGCCUACUCCAAAUGUACCUUCAAAGCCCCAGAACCUCAGCUACUCACCAGCGCACCAUGCCUCUCCAGCUGCUACGCGUACUUGGACUCCAACAGCCAACACUUCAUCAGCUUCAUUGAAUAACACAACGAGCAACUCCCAAACUCGGAUAGCUCUCACGGAAGCUUUAACUCCAAAGAAAAGUUCUGCCAAUUCCGGUACUUUUAGCACAACAGCACCUAAGACCAGUUACUACCGUACCGGCACCAUUAUGACGCCUAAAAGACAGACAGUGUUUGGUGGCGGAGGCGAUAUUUGCCCUCGUUGCCAAAAGACAGUUUACCAUGCGGAAUCAGCUCUUGCCCCUGGAGGAGCCAAAUACCAUAAGCUAUGUCUGAGAUGCGUUGAAUGCUCCAAGAGUCUAGACUCUACCAAUAUGACCGAUCGUCAAGGUGUACCAUACUGCAAGACUUGCUAUAGCAAAGCAUUUGGUGCCAAAGGCUAUGGUUACGGUAGUGGUGCGUCGAUGCUCCAUACUGAACUUUAACAAAAUAAACAAACCAAACCAAACGUGACAACUUUUCUUUUUCGGUUAAUAGCGGUAACAGAACGGCUUUUUCAGAUUAUCAGAUAACAAUAUUAAAGCGAGCAAGCGACAUUUUUAAUUUAUUUCUUAAACGAG